AAACAAUGAAUGAAUAUUUAGUUAUGGCAAUUGCAGCAGAUUGUAUUAAAAGAUAUUAUGAAAUGAGGAAUAAAGAAGUUUUACUAAGUGUGGGGACUGCUGAAUACGGACCAAGGGUACAACAAGCAAUAGCUGAGAGUGGAUUAUCAGCAAAAGAAUUUUGUGAGAGAAAAAUGAACGAAUAUAAGGAAACUUUAAAUAAUGCCAAGGUUACAUACACGGAUUUCUCACGGAAUACGGAACUAAGGCAUGAAAUUUCUGUAAAUCAUAUUUGG